AAAGAGAAAGAAAGGAACUUAAGAGCUUGAGAAAAAUAGAAAAAAAAAUGGAAGAAGAAAAAGGAGUUGAAUUGAAUGAAUAUUAUUGUUCAAGUUCAAGGUUGUGUUUAUGUAGGAUAUGUCAUGAAGAAGAAGAUGAGAGCUCAACAUCCAUGGAAACUCCUUGUUCUUGUUCUGGAACUCUCAAGUUUGCUCAUAGAGGAUGCAUACAGAGGUGGUGUGAGGAGAAGGGGAGUAUUGUUUGUGAGAUCUGUUUGCAGAAAUUUGAGCCUGGAUACACAGUUCCACCCAAAAAAGCUCUUGUUGAUGUACCUGUUACAAUCAGAGGGAGUCUGGAAGUCCCAAGAUUGAAUUAUGAUCCAAGUUCUGAUGAAGAAGACGAAUACCCGGCUUGCACCGAAGCGGCUGAGAGAAGCUUCUCGUAUUGCCGAUCAAUCGCAUUGAUGUUCACUCUUUUCUUGCUAUUCAGACAUCUUGUGGUUGCUCUAUCCAUUACUGCUGAUCAUUAUGCAUUAACAGUUCUAAUGGUAUUUGCAUUACGAGCGACCGGAAUACUUUUACCGUUUUAUUUGAUGAUGCGGAUAAUCACCUUCCUUCAACAGCAACAACAGCGACAUUUCGAGGGGGCUGAUGAAUCUUCUUCAAUGCAAGAAAUGGAAGCUGAUGAAUCACGGGAUCAUGUCAUCGACAUAGAUUCAUAAUUUUGGACCCUCCCAUCUGCAUCAUGAUGUUAAUAAUAGUAAAUAUUGAAUUCAAUUUAUACAUGGUAAAUAGAAAGUAAGUUGUAGAAUUUGAGAGUUUGUGGUUAAAAUGUAACCCAACAUAAGUUGCAGAAAAAGGUCGGCUGAAUGCAGCCUUACAUAGUGUCCUUUGAUUCUUUGCUUAGUUGUAUGUUUGCUGUGGAAUCAGUACAAGUGUUGCUGCGGUCCCAGGCAACCUUUCAUACCACCUGAAAAGAAACAAUGAAAGAUUUUGAAAGAAAAGAGUUGUAAUACCUGUAAUUCUGAUGGAAAAAGGUGAUAUCUCUUCAUUGAUGUAUUGCAGCAAUAAACAUUCAUUUCCUUUGCUGAAA